UUUCUCUCUCUACUUAUUUUUGCGUGUUUUGAUUAUAGAAGAUGAGAAAAAUUUAUGAAAGAAAAAGAGGGAAACAAGAAAUAAAUGCUGUGGAUAUGUGUGUGUUUGUGUGGGCUUGACAGCAAGGCAUAUAGAUGAACCUGACUAGGAGUUGAGAAGAAGAAGUUGUUCAUGAAUUCUGGGAUAAGAUUUGGAAAGUUCUCAAAUUGCAUGUGAAUAUAUAUUGACGGGGUUGAUUAAUUAGUACGACAAGGGAUUGAUUCAAUGGCAGCUUCUUCUUCAUCAGCAGCGGCACCUUUUCUUGCAAUGAGAGACCAAGAACAGAAUCAGAUGAAACAAAAUCAUUCAUCAGCACCAUCUUCAUCAACCGCUCCACCGCCCCCGCCGCCAAAGAGAAGAAAAAAUCAGCCUGGAACGUCAAAUCUAGAUGCAGAGGUGAUAGCACUAUCUCCCAAGACCCUAAUGGCUACAAACAGAUUCCUUUGUGAGGUUUGCAACAAAGGGUUUCAAAGGGAGCAAAACCUUCAACUGCACCGAAGAGGACACAACCUGCCUUGGAAACUAAAGCAGAAGACAACAAAAGAGGUUAAGCGUAAGGUGUAUUUGUGUCCAGAGCCCACAUGUGUACACCAUGACCAUUCAAGAGCACUUGGAGACCUCACUGGUAUUAAGAAGCAUUACUCAAGAAAACAUGGAGAGAAGAAGUUCAAGUGCGAAAAGUGCUCUAAGAAAUAUGCAGUACAUUCUGAUUGGAAAGCUCACUCAAAAACCUGUGGUACUAGAGAGUACAGAUGUGACUGUGGCACUCUUUUCUCAAGGCGUGACAGUUUCAUCACCCAUAGGGCCUUCUGCGAUGCACUUGCUCAAGAGAGUGCAAGAAACCUCAAUCCAACCUCAUUAAGAAGCAUUGGCAGCCAUUUAUUUGGCAGUAGCAACAUGAGCUUAGGCAUCUCCCAAAUGUCCACCGGACAUGAUCAAAACCAGCAGCAAGCAAUAUCAGCUGAUUUACUACACUUGGGUAGUGGAAGAUCUGGCCAAUUCGAUACCCUCAUUGGCUCAACCUUUCAGCCUUCCCAAACAUUGCCUUCUUCAGCUCUCUUCCUGCCCGAAUCGAGCCAUGAUAGUCAAUCUUCACAUGGGCUACCGUCGAAUAAGUCACUUCAUGGCCUAUUGCAACUUCCUGAACUUCAGAAAAAUCCCAACUCAUCUUCGUCAACAACCAGUCUGUUUAACCUCAGCUUCUUUUCGAACACUAGUGGCAUCGACAAUAACGAUAGCAUUGGCAACAGCAAUAACAGCAGUAACAUAUCUUCAUCCUUAUUGUUUCCCAAUCAUUUCAACAAUGGACAUUCCAGUGGCACUGGAGGCGGAGAAGGAUCCAGCCUUUUCUCUGCAGGUAAUCUCAUGAAUACUGAUCACAUGAGUGCUUCUAUUCCUUCCCUCUACAUCUCAUCCCUUCAAAGCCAGUCAAUCAGUGCGACACAAAUGUCUGCAACUGCACUUCUUCAGAAGGCUGCUCAACUGGGUUCGACAACAAGCAACACCAGUGCUUCACUGCUGAAAAGCUUCGGCACCUCAUCCUCAAGCGUCACAAAAUGCGAUUAUCCUCUUCAUUCCGCGACUAACUUUGGAACGAUCUUCGGGGAGAAUAAUGGGAAUCAUUUCAAUGACCUAAUGAGUUCCAUAACUGGUGGAAAUUCAUCCAUUUUCGGAGGCAACCCCGUAGGGAUCAACACUCAUCCAUAUGGUGGUAAUGAACAAGAGAAUGACUAUGGAGGAUACAGCACGACCAAUAAACUCAGCUUUGAGCAGCCAUUGGAGAAACGCCAGAGUCCAAGUUUCAGCAACAUGGAGCAAGGUAGAUUGACGAGAGAUUUUCUUGGAGUCGGGCUCGUUGGGGAGAUAGUGAGAAAUGUAAGUGGUGGAUUUGGGCAGAGAGAACAGCAACAUGGCAUGACUUUGAGCUCUAUGGAUUCAGAAGGAAAGACUGCGCCGAAAAACCAACCUUUCGGAGGCGGGCACUUUCAAUGAAGAAAAAUAUAUGAACGAGAGAAA